UGGUUGUGCAGCAGUUUGCGAACAGUUGUUGCCUUUAAGGAGCCUUAGGAAGACUCACUUGGUACAAGAUGGCGUCCCAGCAGCUCUGUUUGAGGUUUCUUGGGUUGGCUGCAUUGCUGACACUGACAACUCUCAGAGAUGUAUCCGGUGAGAGCCACCUGCAGAAGAUCUUAGUGAGAAGAAACGCGGCAGAAGCUGAACAUGUCCCACCCAGUUCUUCUGUUGCCAUCCCUUCUUCAAAGGCCCAAGAAUUUCUGGCCAAGCUGAGCAGAACAAAGAGAAAUGUUUGGGAUCGCAGCAGACCAGACGUCCAGCAGUGGAUCAUGCAGUUUAUGCAAAUGGGAUUCGAUGAGCAGAGGCUGGAGGCUGACCUGCAGUACUGGAUGGACUACGCCCGAUCCCAUGACCAGGGCCGUCAGCAUCACUAUGAUGAAAACUCCCCCAUCGGCCCGCGGUCUUCUUACAGGCAUGGGGCAGAUGUCAACUAUGACUACUAUUAACGCCGCCCACACACACUCCAUGUUGUAGGAAGGUAAUGAAUGGUGAUAGAUUUCAUGCCUGACAACUUCGUCAAGGGAAUCCUGUCAAUUUAUCUCAGUUUCAUCCAUCAAUUAAAGUCUGUCUUUCUGCUUUCUAACUAUUCAGCUAACUUAAUUCCCUUCAAACUUGAGGACAAACCUAUCAGAAUAAAACAGUCCUUAAAGUACAGUGGUUUAGCAAUGAUUUUUGGUGGCUUACUCUACAUGUAGGGGUGAU